AUGUCCACUGCAGCGGACCGGCAGGCGUUUCUCCGCCUCAUGGGGCUGACGGACGCCGACGUCACCGACCCUGAUCACCAGCCCUGCGCCAUGCUCCACUCGCAGACUUCCUCCAGCCACAACGUGACUGACAAGGUGCAUCGCGGAGUCAAGUACAAUUCGCCGACCGCGUCAUCUGUCGCCGGCCUUUCCCACUCUGCGUCUCUCGGUGGCGAUGCGAUUCAGUUCUCGCUCAUGAACACCACGAACACCCUCCGCGACACCUCACCGAUCGUCGCUAGCGGGCCGUCGUCGUCGUCGUCGCGGCCUCUCUUUUCUGCACCACGCAGUGUGCAUUGGGAAGAGGAGAGCAUCGCCACGACCUCACACUCAUCGCAGCUGCCACAGCGAGCAGGUGCAUCAGGCUGCACCGCCGCUGCCAUCAGUGAGGAGCUGAAGGACGUCGGGAACCGCUCCUUCGAGGCCGGUGCGUUUCGCGAGGCUGUUCAGCACUACACAGCCGCCAUCGAUGCCUUGGCUGCCAGCACCACACAUAGCAGCGCGGAGGUGCUGCUGCUCAGCGCGUUGUACAGCAACCGCUCCGCCGCUUACUUGCAGGCAGCGCACCAGAUGCCCAGCGUCGAGGAUGCUUAUGCGCGUGCGUUGUGCGAUGCAGACCGAACUGUGUCGCUGCGCACGUCGUGGUUCAAGGGGUAUGCGAGGCAGGGCGACGCCUACUUCAAGCUGAAGCGCUACGGCGCCGCAGCGGAGGCGUACGAGAUGGCGCUGCAACUGGACCCGCGUAACAAAACCCUGAUGAACGCACUGUCGGAAUCGCGCCAGCGCGCAAGGCAUGCGGCUAGGGAAGAGCUGGAGCUGCGCCGCACAAUGCGCUCGACCACAAGCACGACUUCAUCGCUCGCGUCGUCCAUGACCGGUCAAGCCGGCAGCAGCACUUGGUCUGAGGGCGACCCCCGCGGCGGUGCGGCAGCGUCGCAGCAGGCGCAGACGCUAAGCGACGUGUACGAUGGCGGUCGCCGUCGCAGUGGUCAGGCGCAGCAGUUGUGGGCGGCGCUGAAACACGAGGUGGAAGCGACGGUGCACGAAGUCACCGGUGAUGCCUAUAGACUGCAGCAGCUCGAGCGGUUCCGGGCGCGGUGCAGCAAGGGAGCUACGCCAACGGCACGGCAGGCUGCAGAGAGGAAGACUUAUGUGAAGGGCGUGACUGCCUUGGCUUCCGGAGCACCGGCCUCUGAGCCGAUGCGGGAGGCGUCUGUUUCGGGGUCUCGGUUUAGCACAGCAACAAGGCCGGAUGUCGACGUGAGCACCGCUGCUGCUGCCGCUGCGGCAGAGCGCCGCCAUGUGUCAUCUGUUUCGCCGUUCGCCGCCACGGCUCUGUCAUCUGAGCCUCAUCUGCCGCCGCGUCGCCGCUCCUCUGCCUCGGCCGCCUUCGACGGGCCCGUGAAGAACGCUCGGGACGUGCCGUACGAGUUUUCCAGCGCGGCCGCCUCCGCGUAUCAGCAGCGGCUGCUCGAGGAGUUUCGCAAGCGCAAGGCGACGAAACAAUGA